AUAACAAACCCAAGAACGUGGAGUAAGAGUAUGUCAAAUGAGAUUCUCCAAUGAAGCCUGUCAUGGCCAAUUUGAUUGGCCAGCAUUUCACACCGACGCCUAGUGGAGCCAAGCUGUCAUGCCCUGCUGCUUAGUGUUUUUUCUCCCUUUCUUUCUCAUUUCUUACCUAAUGCCAGCCCAUGAAACUAGUCAUAAAAGUAUAUUACUGAAGCAUCCCAGUGGUGCUGAAGCUGAAGUUCGUCUAUUUGGCGCUACGGUUACAAGCUGGAAAGUCGAUAACACAGAGCGUCUAUUUGUCAGCAAAGAUGCCAUUUUAGACGGCAGUAAGGCUAUUCGCGGCGGUAUUCCCGUCGUAUUCCCCAUUUUUGGUACCGAUGAAAAAAUCAAGCUGCCCCAGCAUGGUUUUGCUCGUAAUUCUGACUGGGAAUACGUCGGUCUUCUGACUGACAACGAUGAAGUCUCCGUCCGAUUUUCCCUUAAGGACAAUCAAUUGAAGCAAUCUCAGCGAUCAGCCUGGCCCCACUCUUUCCGUCUUAACUACACUGUUGCUCUCACCGAAAAGACUCUGAGAACUACCUUGGUUGUCAAGAACGAAGAUGAGGAUACUUUUGAAUUCAAAACGUUGUUGCAUACAUAUUUCCAAAUCUCGGAUAUCAGCAAAGUUGCUGUGAGUGGACUCUCCAACUUGACAUACAUUGACAAGGUCCAGAAUGCAGCCAAGGUGGUCGAAGAAAAUCAAAAAGUGACUAUUGCUGGAGAGGUCGACCGAGUGUAUGCCAAUGUUCCUGAAGAAGUGACUAUCGAAGAAGAUGGUCAAGCCAAGUAUCGUAUUGUGAAGACUGGUAUGAAGGAUACCGUUGUCUGGAAUCCUUGGAUUGACAAGGCCAAGGGCAUGGGUGACUUUGGUGAUGAAGAGUACCAUAACAUGGUGUGCGUUGAAGUUGGCUCUGUCGCUGACUGGGUCAAAUUGGGAGGUGGACAGACUUGGACUGGUGGCCAAGUGAUUACCGCAUUGUAAUAGCGAACUCCUUAUAUUAAAGCGUUUGAAUGAUCGGCCUCAAAGGGCAAUUUUCAUGUUAUUUGGGUAGAUGUGGUGGUACACUGUCAUUGGCUGAAUCUGCAUGAAUUUCACUGGCAGGUAGAAUAAAGGAUGGCACGUGCAGCAAC